AGCACGUGCACCACCUGCUAGAAAUUGACUGAAGCAGACGAUAUUUAAGUCCUCGUUUCCGCAGACGAUAAGUGUCUGAAUGAGAGAGAAUUAAGCGUAUCUGCGCCGCUGUUCUUCAUCGAGCGGGGGAGAGAGUCGGCGGAAAAAAAUAACAGCGUUCAAGACGAAAAAGAACUUCUCUCUUUACAUGAUCUAAUUUGGACCAAAGGCAGUGCUGUAUGAAAGUUGUUGCGGGCGACUCUUCCGUCAAGAAAACUGCGGAGGGCUUGUGAAAGUGGAUAGGGCGAAUUGCCUUUGAAUAUAUGGUCGUUACAAUAUGUGUGCUAUGCUAUAGCAUAAGAAAACACUGUUAUAUGACUGGAUUUAGCAAGAGACAAGAUUAAGGCACACAUUGUGUACCGAAGAUGUUACAGUAUUUGACGAAAGUGUGCUACAUUCCAUUAUAUCUGCUGAUGCCAUUCCUUUAUUAUGGGUCCGCUGAAACUGUGGAUCCCUGUCUCCCCGCCAAUCAUAAGAUUCUCAGCGAAACGUGGCGGAGCGUGGAGAACGCCAUCGAAGCAGCCAAUGGGAGCCAUUGUGACAACACGAUACCGACUGGCUGGUUCAGAAUGAGGCUGGGUGGCAAAGAUGCGAUUAUGCCGACAGAAUGCGUUGAGGUUGAGCACUGUGGUACUUUGGCUCCUUUGUGGUUAUCCUUGAAUGAGAAGGGUCCUCUGCACAUCGGCAAAGAGCGUAUGGGUAAAGCAUGCGCCACCUGGCGGAAGAGAGAUUCAACAGAAUGUUGCUUGUUUAGUAAACCUGUGACGGUGAAAAACUGUGGCGGAUUUAUCAUUUACAAGCUGAGACCACCCCCAGGGUGUGAUAUGGCGUACUGUGCCAAAGAAAUUGGAAGCAGUCAGAAAUCCACACGUGUAUCAAGCCCAGAUUGUAAUCCGGGUGAAGUGUUUGACACAGAGACUGGCGCCUGUCGGACGAUAGAAUCCACACAAGCCGUUGACGAGACGGCUAUAGCCACAAUCGACUUACCGACCUUAAGGCCUGCGGCCACUCGUGGAUCUGUGUACAUGAACUGUUCUGCCAGCGUCAUCACAGAAGGGGGACGAUACAAGAUCUACUGGUACACCAAGACAUCGGACAGAUUAAAUGUCGUGCGGGAAGAAGACGAGGGUUUCCCUCUUAGCUUACUGGAAAUUGGAGACGUCAUCAGCAUCGGACAAACGAUCGUCUGUGCUAUCGAGCCCACGUCCUUGAGCGGCGACAGUGGAGGGAAACUCUUCAGCCCUGAAUACUUCAUGGGUAUCAAGGGCCCUGCGGACAACAGCUGGAUAGACGAAGACAGAGUUAACAUUGUCAAAUUCACCACAACCGUGCCUGUCAUCUGUGACCGUCUCAGGAAGCACUGUCACAUGACGCUGUACAUUGAAAACAAAGCUGGCCCAAACGACGCCCCGGUGACGUUAUCAGAGUGUGAACUAACAUUCCGACCUGCGCUUUGCAACGGAACGGAUUGUGGGCACGUCAUUCUCCGCAUAAAACCAGGUCAAGAUUUUACAAACAACUUUGCGAGAACAGUGGCUCUUGGAGGGAUGAUAGAAUCGUUGUCGAUGUGGAUGUGGAAUGGCUACAAAAUCCAAGACGUAAAGCUCCGAGUGAGAAACGUCCCUACAGCGGAAUGUUACUCCUUCACGGACCCCCACGUGCUGACCUUUGACAGGAGAAAGUACGAUUUAUACAGAAGAGGAACAUUUGUAAUGUAUAAAGACAAAUCGGGCGAUUUUGAGCUCCAUGCUCGUGUAUGGGAUUGCCGGAAUACGGCAGGCUACUGUCACUGCGGUUUUGUCGUCCGAGACAGGAAGGACAUCAUCUCCAUAGAUAUGUGUCACGAGCGGAGUUUGCCGGGAACUGCCGAAGUGAAGGUUCUGAGCCAUAGCUUAAGCGAUGGAGUGAAGAUCCUGGAAGCACGUGACGGCGCUGUUAUAACUUUACUUAUGGACAACGGUGCCCGUGUGAAGACUAACAUCGACUACUGGGGUUUAUCGCUGACUCUCCGGGUAUCGGGGUCGAACUUUAACCAGACACUGGGGCUGUGUGGAACGUUUGACGGAAAUCCGGCUAAUGACCUCCACGACGAGACCGGCCAGGUGCUUCACGGCUACGAUGACUACGCCACGGCGGCAGAGUUCGCCGAGUUGUGGAGACUCAAUACAGGAGAAAGUCUGUUCGAAAAAUUACCGGACGAUGAAUUCUCCGAGGAAGAACACAAGGCUGAGGAAAACGUACCUAAGUGCAAAUGUGUCAACAACGGGCUUAAACCUUAUAGUCCUGCCAAUCGCCAGUGUACUGACUUAAACAAUGCUCCAGAGAGAUUAGAGAUUCUAAAAUACGAAGAUAAAACAAGUUAUUACACUCAACCAAACACUGUUCCUCUGUUCGGUGAUAAUAUAGCUUUAGGGAGGAAAAGGAGGGCGGCGACAUCGAUACUGCCGCGAACUGGACAAGCUCAAAGCGUGGAGAUUCAAGAUGGCGGAAUUGGAAGUGGUGAUUUCACUAGAGAGGAAAGUUUUACGUUUCCAUCAAAAGUUCAUACAGACGAAACAAAAUCAACAGAGGAAGACUUGCUUCCAGACUUUCUCCAAGAAAACUUUUUACAGUUCUCCUCGUCCACGGACGAUUUCUUUUUAAACACCUUGUUGCAAUUCGCGAACAGCGGAUACCAGUUUGAACCGGACACGGACGGUUCUAACGAGGAUAUCAUUUAUCCAACAUGGCCGACGCCUAGCGGGCUGACCGAAAACGAGGCUUACUCGCUCUGCUCUGACGUCAUCCUCGACUCGGCCGUGGCGUCGUUUUGCGGGUCGGCACUGAGGGAGAAAAUUAACGACGCCAUAGACAUUUGUGUGAAGGAUAUUCAGAUAAAAGACGACACGGUGAUGAUCCCGAACGCCGUGACGCUUGCUGAGAACAUGUGUGAGCUGUCUGUGAUAGAACGUUCCGUGUCGUUCGCAGCCGGCUCCACCAUAGUCGCCUGGCCCGGGGGUCUUCGGGACCUGUUUAAUUGUCCCCAGGCGUGUAACGGACAGGGCACAUGUACCCCAGACGGGUGUGUAUGUGAUUCGGGUUUCUGGGGAGCGGACUGUGGCCAAAAGGCAGUGGAGUUUCUGUUAGCGUCUGAUGGCACAGAAGCUCUUAGCUCAGUCCCUGUAGCUAAUCUGACCACGUGUGACAGACGCACCCAGGACUGUACUUAUGUGGUCGUCCCUAUUAACCUAGACACUGCCACUAACGGCAGACCCAAGUUCCAGUGCAAGGCAACUCCUCUCAGGUUUUCCAGUGAAACAUGGGUGCCGUCUGUGGCAGGGAUUGCUUCGUCCACCCGAGUACUGCCGGAUGGCGGCGUUCGCUGUGCUCUGCCGCCAGGGGAGAUAAGGCGAGCUAGAAUCGUCGGUGUGGAGAAAUCACCUGUCCAAGCUUUCUCUGUGGAGGUUACAGACAAGCUGGGGAGAACAAUUGACGGGCUGCGAGUUUUGAUCUAUGAUUCGCUUUGUCAGUCAUGUCCAGACGGAGGACAGUACGGUUGUGAAGUCAAGGAUAAUGUGUGUUUGAUCAACAGCCUGUGUUACAAGGCUCUGGAGGUGAAUUCUAGGAACACCUGUCAGCAGUGUGUACCUGAGAGCAACCAGUUUGACUGGGCACAACCCAAAGAUAACAAGGCACCAGUCAUCCAUAUCCCCAGUGACGAGGUGACGAUAUUUGAAGGGGACACCCUAGAGCACAUGUUAGCAGCCACCGACCCUGAGGGGUCACCUGUCUCCAUCUGGGUACAGGAUGAAGAGGCCUCCAUCGAGGCGUCGGGCCACUUCCGGUGGAAACCCAACCCUGAAACUCUAGGCCCCUUACCAACCGUGAAGAAAUUUGAAAUCUCAGCGUCAGACAAUUGUAACCACACUGUAUCCACGACUCUAGAGGUAUUGGUACUACCCUGCACGUGCAAGAAUGAUGGGAAAUGUAUCCAGAGCGAAGAGGACCCGCUCAAUAAACACUUGUGCCAGUGUAUCGCCGGCUAUACAGGAGAGAAAUGUGAGGUGGACAUUGACGAGUGUGCGUCCAACCCGUGUGAACAGGGCAGUUGUGAGGAUAAAGUUGGAGGAUACGACUGUGUCUGCGACGAGGGCUAUGAAGGGCCUUCAUGUUCAGUAUCUAUGGAUGCCUGUAAGGACCACCCCUGUUAUCACGGGGUAGAGUGCGUAUCUGAGGGUGGCACGUUUGUCUGUGGUCAGUGCCCAGACGGGAUGACUGGUGACGGACGGGUCUGCUCAGAUAUAAAUGACUGCACGAGCCUGCCAUGUUUUCCUGGUGCCACGUGUCAGGAUAUACCGGCCCCAGAACGAGGAUACAAAUGUGGCGCAUGCCCAAAAUACUUUGCCGGAAACGGAGAGCGAUGUGUAAGAACAGACAGAUCAGCAUGUGUGGAGGGGGUUUGCUUUCUUCAGGCCACGUGUGAAGAGUUGCCGGAUUACCCAGGAUUUCACUGCGGCCCGUGCCCGUUCGGCUACAUCGGAGAUGGGCGCACGUGCACAGCCCAGUGUGACCCACCGUGCGGCAGAAACCACGUGUGUGUUGGCCCUAACAAGUGCGGAUGUAGGGAGGGCUACACCGGAAUCAGGUGUAACAUACCCGUGUGUCAACCGUUAUGUUUGAACAAAGGAAUAUGUUACAAACCAAACGUAUGUCGGUGUCGACCAGGCUACGCUGGAAAACAAUGCGAGCAAGCUAUCUGUAACCCUCCUUGUCAACAUGGCGGCCAGUGCGUGGGCAGAAACCUGUGCUCUUGUCCUUACGGCUAUAUGGGCAGGAAGUGUGAAGCAAUGGCUUGCACUUUGGCAUGUCAAAAUGGCGGAACCUGCAUCGGCGCAAACACGUGUAAAUGUCUUCCGGGUUAUUUGGGGUCACAGUGUCAGUUCCCUGUCUGUAAGCCAUUCUGUCGUAAUGGAGGCGUAUGUGUUAAACCAGGACAGUGCAAAUGUCCACCCAACUACUUCGGGAAGAGCUGCGAGAGAGCGACUUGCCGGCCAUCUUGCCUUAAUGGCGGGCAGUGUAAGCGGAGUAACACGUGUCAAUGUCCUUUGGGGUUCUCAGGAAACCGAUGUCAAACUGCCAUUUGUAAGUCAGCCUGUAUGAAUGGAGGCCGGUGUAUAUCUCCCAACAAGUGCGCGUGUAAGUCAGGGUAUCGAGGACAGAACUGUGAAAAAGCAAUCUGUCAUCUACCGUGUCUAAAUGGUGGGGUGUGUUUCCGACCUGAUAUAUGUGUCUGUCCUAAAGGCUACAGGGGGGCGAACUGCGCAAGACCAAUUUGUUGGCCCCGGUGUCGGUAUGGCGGGAAAUGUGUUAGACCAAAUACUUGCGACUGUCGUCUUGGAUUUGGCGGAAAAUUCUGCGAGAGACGAGUUUGGCGAAGGGUAAGGCGACAUUAUUGUUUCUGUUGUUGUUGUCACCACAGUGAUGACAAAAAGAUGUCAUUAUUCUGCAUAACAUAA